AUGUCGGGUCUUCCGGCACCGUCCUCUUCCUAUCAGAAUCCAGUAUGCCCUUCCCUCGGCGCGGGGAGUUCGCAAACCAGCGAGCCGAGCCUGCCAUGGAUUGGCUCGCCGGUCUUUGCCGACUCACCGAUGAGUCACGACGGCCCCAACAUGCCGAACGAAGGUUUGGUGAAUCCUUUUGAGGGAUUCGACUUCAAGGCGAUGUUGGAUGCCUGUUCAGGAGAUCUUGACUUGUCCACCGUCGAUCUAGCACCAGACCACGCUAUGUCCAUGGAAACUUUUAACAAUUGCUUGGAUACGGAAAUGCUUGCUAGUUUCGACUGGGGACUCGGCUCCGAUUUCCUGGAUCCCUUCGGAACCCCAAGCCUAGUCGGCUCUGAAAGCCCCGUGGACAGUGUCUUGGACUUCACUUCCGGCACCAGCUCUCCCCUGGAACGUUUCAGCCCCGCCCCUUUUCCGACUGCCGGUACUUCCCCGGCGUCGCGCUCCCCAGCCACUUCCGCGCCCCGCCAAGUCCACCGCUGCGCCGAGACCUCGUGUACAAAGGUCUUCUCCCGCCGAUCUGAUCUGAAAAAACACGAGCGCAGCACUCACCGGCAACCCUUCCGCUGUCACCUCCAGGGGUGUGGGAAAGGCCACGCCGACCAACGCGCUCUCCACCGCCACUUCUGGACCAGGCACCGCGAGUAUGCCGAGCUGCACAACAUCCCCUCGGAGCGGGCCAAGUGCCCGCAUUGUGACUACGAGGGCCGCGGGGAUAAUCUUAAGAGACAUAUGAAGAAGCACAUGCGGUGA